AUGGCAAACGCACCGGAACCUUCCACAAUAGCCGACGACCAGAGCUCGAGCUCGAGCGACGAGGACACGGUAAAGGGCGACCGCGAUGAGGACCACAUCGCCGACAUGCUCGACGAGGGUUCACCCUCUCCGACAGAUUCAGUGGCCCUCACGGGUGCCGAGGCCGUUGCUAUUAGCUACCGUGAACUAGUCGAGGCUUCGCGCGAGGCGGCCUCGGAAGAUGGGUCGACGGAUGCCAUCCCCCGGCGGGCCGGGAGUCCCAUUGACUCCUUGCUCUCCAUACCAGACGACUCGCCAUCUGUUCAGGGUUCCGUCGUCUCGUCGCCCGGCAGCAGCGUCUUGCUCCCUUCCUUUGGCUCCAGACCUGGAAUGGGAAGCCCUACCCCGUCCUUUCGGCCCUUCGAUCAACGAUUCCAAUCACGCCUUUUCUCCCCAAGCAUUAACUCCCCCCGGCCAUCUUCUCCCGCAUUUCUGGCGGGCCACAGCCGGACUGUUUCAGUGGCCAGCCAGUUCCUGCUCGAUCCGGCCGAGCCGGAUACUCCUGCGCCGCCAUGGGAAGUUGUGCGGUGGACAAAACUAAUGAAACUCAACGGCCAGGCGUUCUCAGAAGCAGGGAAGAGAAAUUUUGGGUCGCCGACAUGCCUUGCGGUCUCGGCCUCGAUCGUGUUGGGGACGACAAAGGGGAUAAUAUUGGUGUUUGACUACAACCAGAACCUGAAGAUGAUAAUCGGCCCAGGCACCAAAGCUGUUGAAUCCGGCCCUAUCACCUCCGUCGCAGUUUCUGCAGACCACACUACCAUCGCCGGCGGGCACGCAAAUGGUAACAUAUUUACCUGGGAUACCGCACGAGCUGCGCGACCGUUCCUCGCCAUACCACAUCUCGAUGUCACCCAGAUGCAGAACAGGGUGGUGGAUGGCCAUGUCUCGAAUGUGACCAUUACCCACCUUGGAUUCCUCGGCACACGGCACACAGCUCUUGUCUCGGCAGAUGACCGAGGAAUGGCAUUCUCCCACCUGGCGACCCGGGGUACUGGAGCGCUUGGUAGAGCGGUCAAGACAACCCGUAUUUUAGGCCGAUAUCCGGACGUUAAACCGCCAUCCGGAAAGGCGCUAAAGCCCAGCACCGUGUUAGCAUUCGGCUCCUUGCCUCUCGGCAACGUUGAGAUGGCGACAGACACGCUGGGUCUGACGGCAAUGCUCACGCCGUAUUUGCUAGUAAUCGUGUCAACUACCCCUAUUGCGCAAACACAGCAUAAAUCCGCUCGUCCAAAAGAAGUUGCUGCCCACGGCGCCAUGACAGGUUGCUUGGCCUGGUUUCCCGCCGUCAAGUUGAAAGUGGCGGAUCCUGUCACUGGAAGCCAGAUGUCCAAGGUCAAGCUUGUGUAUUGUUGGUCUAAUGUCCUCACUGUCCUGGAUGUGGACGAGAUCCCGGCAGAAGACAGCGACAAGCCGCCGAGUCUUAGAUUUAGGGCCCGCAGUCGAUGGAAAUGCGAAGAAGCAAUCGUCGCCGUGCAGUGGCUCAGCCGAUCUGUCUUGACGGUGCUUACCAUCUCCCAGCGACUCAUAGUACUGGAAGAUCGGAGCAUGCGUAUGACCGAGGCCUUCGAUCUGAUACACAAGCACAUCUACCACGUUGACCUUUUCUCAAAACAACUCCACAAUUUGGUGGAACAGCUAGACGAGGAGGAUACGUCGAUGCACGGUGUUGUUGCCGAUGCAUUCUACAUGAGCUUCAAGGCCUACAAAGGCCGGCUGUUCCUCUUGGGGUUCAAUGAUGUGUCCCUGGGAGCCCUGUCUAAUUGGGCCGAUAGGCUGAUUGCGUUAAUGGAAAACGGCGACUAUGUCGGAGCGAUUCGGCUGGCUACAUCAUAUUACACUGGCGAUACCAACAAGCUGACCGUUGGGCUCCCGGAGGACACGGCCUUGAGGCAUUCCAUGGUCCAAGACAAGCUGAUGGAGAUUAUGAGCGCCUCCCUGAAGUACGUCUUCAACCGGAGGGGAGGAAACAGGGGGGCGACUGAAGACAGCCAUCUUCAAGAGCUUGCCGAGACGUGCUUCGUGGCAUGCCAAAGUGUUAGUGAUGUCGACUUUGUGUUUGAUGAGAUGUUUGAAGCAUACGAGGAUGCUGGUGUGGAAGGGUUCUUCCUCGAGACUCUGGAACCUUACAUCCUCGACGGAUCAAUCACUGCGAUACCGGCGGUGGUCGUGAAAGAAAUGGUGCCUCAUUUUGUCAGCAAGGGAUGGGAGGGUCGACUUGAAGAGCUGAUCUGUCACAUGGACACUGCCACCCUCGACCUAGACCAGACCACACUUCUCUGCAAGCAGCACGGCCUUUACGACGCCCUGAUCUAUGUCUGGAACCAGGCCUUGAGAGAUUUCAUCACUCCUCUCCUCGACCUCUUGUCUCUGCUUGUACCCCUGGUACAGAAUGACAAGUUUCCGAGCUCUGGAGACGUAAUGGGCAACGACUCAUACUGGGCUGGUGCUUUCAAGAUUUUCCCCUAUCUCUCUUACGCCCUUACUGGACGAGUCUACCCAACAGGCGAGGAGCUCCCUAAGGAUGUGGCCCAGAAGGCGAAAGCCGAGCUUUACUGGUUCCUAUUCUCGGGGAAGAGCAUCGCAUGGCCGAAAGGCAGCAGCAAACGACUCCUUACAAAACCUGGCCAGUCCCAGGAACCUUCGUUUCCAUAUCUACGCAUGAUAUUGAAGUUCGAUGCUCCCAGGUUCUUGAGUGCACUCAACGAAGCAUUCGAGGAUUCGUUUCUCAAUGACUCCCCCGAGAAGCAGCUGAACGGUAGCGCUGGUCGAGAUCUGCCCGAAGAGCAAAUCUUUGGGCUGACGGUAGACAGACAGUACAUCGUCUCCAUUUUGAUGGAAAUCAUGAACCCCAACGAAUUUGCCGCCGAGGAUACCAUUUACCUCGACAUGUUUAUUGCUCGAAAUCUCCCAAAGUACCCGCAAUAUCUCCUUUUUACUGGCUCUACGCUCACGAAGGCUCUAAUCGGACUGUGCAAAUACCCCGGCGAAGACUUGGCCGACGAUGCACAGCUGAGCGCAGAAUACCUGCUCUCGACCUACCAGCCGCCAGACAUCUCAGAACUGAUACCCCUGUUCAAAUCCGCAGGUUUCUACCGCAUACUAAAGCGCAUCUACAGAAUCGAUAAGCAGUAUGGGAAACUUGUCCAAACCUAUUUUGAGGAUCCUGAUGACCGCGAGGGUGUUUUUGAUUGCAUUGACAUCUGCUUGCGGCCACAGACAGGUCUUACACGCCGUCAGGUCCAGGAUGUGCACCUCGUUCUCAAGGAGAACUCGGAAGAGCUGGUGGAACUCGACCCCUCGAGGGCAGCAAAGACUAUUGCAAGACACGCCCCUGAGCUGCACCAGCACGUUCUCGACUCGGCCGCCGCACAACCGGGUCUGCAGUAUGCUUACUUGAAGACAAUACUGGAGCCAGAGAAGGAACUCUCCCUCGGCCCCCCCCCAGAUCGGGAGCUGGUGGAACAAUAUUUGCGGCUCAUGUGCAGAUUCGAUCCGACACAUGUCUCUGAUUAUGUGGGGCUGGUGCAGUCUGCCGACUUGAGAUUGGACGAGUUGUUGCCGACAAUGGAAGAGACAGGCGUGAUUGACGCCGCAGUCAUUCUCAUGGCAAAGGAAGGCCAGGUGCAGGAGGCAAUGGCUCGUCUGAUUAAACAUCUCGGGACGCUGGAGUCAGCAUUGCAAGGCUUGGUAGCGGGGGCUGGCUCGCAGUCCGAUCUCGCCGGUAUUCAAGAUUCUGCUGAAGAGCUCAUGGAAGCACUUCAGAAGUACACCCUGGUUGGCAUUUGGCUCUGCCAGGGUCAAACCAAGACAGUGCGCGACGCGAAUAGUGUUCGGCGUCGCCAGAAGGAGCCCAGCAAGAGCGCUCUCUCGGCCGAUGAGAAUCUCUGGCUCGACUUGAUUGAAACAUCGGCGCAAAUCACCCGACGGCUAUCAGCUAUCCUACAGCCGCUAUCUGGGGAGUCUCCCGCACUGAUAAACGGUGACGUAGUCUGCCAUGAGGUCAUCCCUCAGGCUGUGGACGCCAGUAAACUUCUCGGUCUCUUGCGGGCACUUGUACAAAACACUUUUACUGCUCUCCUCACGUCAACUUCGACGCAAGCAGCACCGUCAAUGGUCAAGGGUGCGGCGGGAAUUGGGACUAACUUCUCAUUCCUCCGAGUUCUCCGAGCCUUCCUGACGAGGGCCGCAGCAUCUUCUCCGAAUCUCGCAGACCUACGGGCGGUGCUCGUAUCCAUCUUCUCUGCGUAUGCGUACGAAGAGUCGAUACUCAACCUCUCCAACCGUCUCCUCGAGCGAAGUCUCUUUGUCAGCGUCAGCCAAGCUGUUGAGCUUCGGCAACGGGGAUGGCGCCCUAGAGGGUCAACCUGUGAAGCAUGCGGUCGGCGAAUAUGGGGCCCCGGACUUGCGGGAAAUGUGUUUGGGGCGUGGGAGGAGCGUCGAGCUUCUGAGGAGAGGCGUCGCCAGCAAAUGAAGACGCCCAUCUUAUUGCCCGGACUGGAGUGGGCAGGCAACGGCAAGGCCGGCGGCAGUGGAUCUGGAGAGGGAAUCGAGGAUUAUAUCGGGAUUGGGAAAGGCAAAGGGAAAGACAUGAGCCCGCGUGUAGAGCAAGAACAGGACUGGGAACGGGAGAGGGAACGGGAAAGAGAGACCGACGGUACCGACGAAGUGGCGGAACAAGAGGCUACUACUUCGGGCCCGGAUGGGGCUGCAUAUGGGCUCCCAGACCAGCUAAGCCCGAGGAAAAAAGACCAAACACUCGGACCGCUGGUGGUGUUAGCCUGCAGGCACAUCUACCACCAGAGCUGUCUUGAGGAAAUCCAAGCCAAGCAAGGUCCCAUGGGACAUGCGGGUGGAUAUGGGAAAGAGAGGGAGUACAGAUGUCCCAUUGAUGGAUGA